GUCAUAACCAGCACCAACUUUACAAACAAAAGAAGAACCAGGUCGCUCCUACCUAGAUUAUUACGGUUGCAAACCAUCUGAUAAUCUGUCCUUAUUCUCCAAAUUAGGGCUUCUCUCAGCUUCCAUCUUACUAAACAUGAUGAUUCAAUUUCUUCUUCAUUAGUUUUGCACAAUCAUUUUCAGCUUUCCUCUAUACAGGUAUUAUGUUUUGUUAUUGUUAGUUCAUAGGCAACAUUUUCAGGUUUUAAAUUUGAUUUUCUAUAAAUGGAAGAUGGGAAUGGGAUUGAGUUAAGCUUAGGACUACCUUGUGGUGGUGGUGGUGGAUCAGUUGAUAAAGAAAAGAACAGCAAAGAUGGUGGAAAUUCCGUGGAUAAUGAUGUCAAGAAAGAAAUUAUUGAAAUAGACGAAUCAGAUAAUGAAUCGAAAGAUUCGAAACCAAAUGAUGUGACUGAGGAUUCUGUGAAAGAGAAGGAGGUGCCGGAGAAUUUUUUUACAAAUCUUGGAGGGAAGCCCGAGUCUUCUGUUGGGGAUACUGAGGUAUCGACGGAGAGAAAUGAUGCGAAAUUAAUCAAGUAUGAAGGACUUUGGGGUGGAAAUGAUAAUAAGUUGAAAGGAGUUGCUGAGAAAGAGAAAUCUGAUUGUGUUGAGAUGGGACAGAAAUCUUGGUUAGAGGCUAGUAAUAGUAAACGGAAAUUGGCGUUCGAGGAUAUAAAUUGCUCGAAGAAGCAUGAGAGUGAAGUCCAACAUGUUGAGACGGCUGCUAUUGUCGAGAGACCUCCUCAGGGUUCAUCAGAAAUUUUAACAGAUGAAAGAAAGACAGUUGAGUUGGUGCAAGGUGAUAAACAGCCUAUUGUAGUAGAAGAAGGCGGUUCAUCUUCCUCUUCUCAAGCACGACAUGAUGUGAACGAAAAUGGUGUGAAUGUGAGGGCCAAUGCAGCAUCUCAACAGGGGGUGGAAGGUUUCCCUCCUGCAGGUUCGGCUAUAAGACCAGGUAUUGCUCCAGGUUUGAGAUUUGGUGGAUCUGGAUCCUACCCUAAUUUACCAUGGGUGUCCACUACGGGUCCUGGACCAAAUGGCAAAACUAUCUCUGGGGUUGCCUACAGGUAUGACAAAAAUCAAGUGAAGAUUGUUUGUGCUUGUCAUGGAUCCCAUAUGUCCUCUGGAGAUUUUGUUCAGCAUGCACGUGGAGAUCAGUCUAACCAUGAAUUCAACACAGAUCGAUUGUCUUAUUCGACUGGCAAUCCUGCAGCCUCGACUAAGAGUUAAUGUGUUCUUCAGUACUAGGCACCCAUAUAAGUAAAUUUGUUGACAUAGUUUGCCACAGGAAUAUCGUCGAAACGAAGGAAAUGUGCAACGUGUAGUUUCAUGGUUGGAUUUGUAAUCUCUGUCAGUUGUUGUAAUCGUAAUUCUUAUCAUAUAUGUUCAUUGAUUUAUGUUCUCUGAUCAAUUCUUUGAGCAGCAAAUGGUUUAAUUCUGUUUGAAUAAGAAAUUUAUAGUUU